AUGGAGUCCAUGUCCUUACAGCAGUAUAUUUGCAAUCUGGAUUUCCAUUCCCUGCCCCGAGUGGUGAAGAUCUGCUCCGGAGUCUACUUCCAAGGGUCUGUUUACGAGAUCUCAGGUAGCGAAUGCUGCUUACCGACAGGAGAACUGAUCAAAAUUGUUGAUGUCCAGCUCCAGAAAGUCAACUGUGAAAGCAUCGAGAAAGAUCACCUUGUGGAGCUGCCGCUGAAUUUUAAAGGUCUCUUUCAGCUCAGUCCAGAUCAGCCACAUAGAACACAAAUGAAGCGUUUCCUUCCGGGGGCCCUCUCCUUCAAAAGAAAACCCUCAACCUGUGACAAACAGCAGUACACACUCCAGGAGAUCUUGCAGUCACCCCCCAUGCAAGGGAAAGCGCUGACAUGCUCGGAAAUUGGCAACAGCAAAUACCAGCUGUGCCCUGUUUAUAAAGUGAAAGCAAUAAUGCAUUUGCGAAAUGAUGUGGUGAGGAUCGACUCGACACUGGACGUUGACGUGGUUGACGUCACCGAGGAGUCUCAGCACAUCCACUUCAUCAAGCCGCUGAUGCUGAGUGAGGUUCUACUGAUGGAUAACGUCCUGCCGGUGCGAGCAGAGAUCCUUGGGGCCUCAGAGGAUGCACCCAUCUUCCACAGCAAGUGGGUCUCCCAGCUCCAACGAGGCUGCAAGAUUCAGGUCCACGGCAAGGUGUCGUCAUGGAAAAUCCUGGCCUCUUCCCGCAAAGGCAGAAGACGCACUUGCCACUUCCUCAUCUCCAGCAGCUACGAGGGCCGUUUUCGUCGCUGCCCGCGCGAGUUCCAAUCAACCUCAGAACUGGCCAGUGGUCUGGGCCUGGCUAAGAAACUGCACGUGGUGGUCACCAAGGACUACGACGGCAGCGAUACGGAGCUUCCACUGUUUGGCAUAGGGGAUCGGCUGGAAGUGCUCAGCCUCAUGAGGGCGGCCAAUCCCUCUGCCAUGGACGCACUCGAAUGCAUCCGGGACAGUGGAGAUGGAGACGCCGAGCGCAUCAAGGUGCCCCUCUUCUUGGAUGCGGGCUUUGUGGAAGAGGUUCGCGACAGCAGGAAGUACAGCCUCCCAGAGGUGGUGGAGCACUUCCAACUGCCCUGCGAGGUCAAGGUCGUGGCCAACAAGGAUGCUCCCGAUCCUCUCAGCUGUGUCUCGGUGCUGACUCUGGAGGCCCAGAUCACAGAGCCUUUUCUCACAGUUAGUCUGGAGGAAGAGCCGUCUGCCACCUUUGAGGUUCCUCCCCAGUGGCUGGACGUGUCUCUGUUCUUCACUGGAGGCCCAGCAAAGCCCAUGCCUCCCUCCAGCAGUCCCAAGGUAGAAGAGCUGACGGAGGCCUUUUACUAUAGCUUGCUAAAGAUGCUGCCGAACAACGCACCUGCUCCUCCAAGGCCCCCUAAGCGGAGCAAUUCAGAGAAGAACAAGCAGUCCCAAAGGACUUCCAGAGAAGGGGGGAGGAAAACAUCAGAACCCACUAAGCUACCUUCUACAGAUUCAAAGGAUAUGUUCCGAGAGACUGCAAAACUUCUGUACCCCAGGACUCUGCAAGCAAGAGCAGAUUCAGAGACUUUGGUUAACCCAAACCAGUAUAGUAUACAGUAUGGACCUCCAAGACCCCAGAAGCCCACUAAAACUUUCAAACAAGCCAUAGAUGCACAUUCCAGUGAUAACUCCGAUCAUGAUUAUGAGGACAUUUGUGAAAGAUUUCAAGAAACUGCUCGCAAAAUGUAA